GCGGCCGCUGAGGAAUCGUGGCCCCUCCGCCGCACCGUCCGUACCCAUGGCAACAGCGGAGGCGCGGCCCGGGCAUGGCGGCCGCGGGCAGCCCCAGCGUGUUCCUGGUGUCGGUGACCGGGCAGAUCGAGAGCGGGCGGUUCCCGGGGUUCGAUGACCUCUACUGCAAGUUCUGCUUCGUCUACGGCCAGGACUGGGUCCCCACCGCGGGCCUGGAGGAGGGCAUCUCCCAGAUCACCUCCACGAGCGACGUCUCGCCCACCACCCUCGUCUGGAACUUCCCCAUCGACAUCACCUUCAAGAGCACCAACCCGUCGGGCUGGCCCCAGAUUGUCAUCAGCGUCUACGGACCCGACUUCUUUGGCCAUGAUGUGGUCAGAGGUUAUGGAGCUGUUCACGUCCCCUUCACCCCUGGAAGGCAUACGAGAACCAUCCCUAUGUUUGUUCCAGAGUCCACAUCCAGGCUGCAGCAGUUUACAAGCUGGUUCACAGGGAGACGUCCAGAAUUCACUGACCCCAGAGUGGUAGCACAGGGAGAAGGGAGAGAAGUGACCAGGGUGCGCUCUCAAGGCUUUGUGACCAUCUCCUUCAACGUAGUGACCAAGGACAUGAAGAAGCUGGGCUAUGACGUGACCCCGAGUGACAUGCAGGACCCUUCCCAGGGGCCUCUGACAGAGGGGAUGCACAUGUACUGAGCUGGGCCAUGAGGGCUUCAAAGGCUGACAGAGGUCAGAGCUUUGGGGCUCGCUGUGGCAAAGUGAAAUGAGCACCUGCCUCAACUGAGAUAUCUCAUUGGAGACAUCAAAAUGUCAUCAUUAUUAGGAAUAAUUUCAUCAUUCCAAAAGAAACAGAACCCUGUGAGGCUUUGGAACAAUUACUGUCAUCCUUUCAGUAAGAUACAGGUUGAAAUGGUAUGUAUAUCAAUGUUAUCAGCUAUUAUUCAGCCUUUUUAUAUGUAAUGUCAGGCUAGCUCAAAAUAAGACCUGUACAAGUACUUUUUAACAGCCUUUUGUACGCUUUUUAUACACAUAAAGAGCAGGAAAGUUCAGAGUUGUAGCAGUGUUCUUGGUUCAAACCAGCAUUACAAGCCCAGUGCUCUUUACUGAUGCUUUUUGUGGUAGAACUGGGAAAUGGAAAUAGCUGCACCUUCCAGAAAGGGAGGAAUGUGGAACUGGUCCAGUAAGAUGCACACAGGCUCCUCUCUGCCGUGUGCCUCCCUCUGCAGAAGCAGCAGCAGUUCCCUUCAUAUCCCACAUAGACCUUUAGGGUUUAUGCAACUACUUCAUGCACUGCAGACACAAACCUUCCCCACAUUUGGCAGUGAAGCAACCUGUGCCUUUGCAUCUAGAGCAAGAUGCUGCCUCUUCCAGGUUUUUCUGCAUCGAGGGAAUUAAAAAGGGCAGCAGUUUUAGUUUAGAGGCGUUAAAGAGCCCCUGGUGUUAAAUGUAUCCUACCUUCUGGGAGGACAAACUGCAUUUUAAGUGCAGAUGUUGAUUAAAAACUAAGCUUUGGAGAAGGCUCCGCAAAGGAAGAUUGAGUUGUGUGUGGUCAUGAGCAGGAUUUAGCUCCAAAUUGGGUACCAGCUGCAUCGUGCUGCACAGGAAGGGAGGGAGGCAGCAGAAAGGACCUUCUCUUGCAUAGCUCCUUCAGCCAUCACCUUACACAGAUACCAUACCAUGGCUUUCCUUGGCUGGUUUGCUUAUCAGGAGGGCAGGUAAAGCAGCAAUAUAGCGAUGCCCAAGUGCUGUACUCAGGCUUUCCUCCCAUGGCAUAACCUCAGAGCAGGAGCAGACCCAUGUGGGUUGUUAUUAGUGCAUCACAGGAGCUCCAGUGCUGCAGCAUGAGGGCACAGAGCCACCUGGGUCUGAAGAGCUGCUCCUCUGAGAUGAUGUUAGUGCUCUUCUUCUGGGCUGAAUAAACCCAUUUGUCUCAAUGUA